AUGGUAAACAACCAGAGGAGCAAUGAGUCAGGGAAAAGAGAAUUGAAAGAGGACGACGGUGAGACGCAGCAAAUAGUAUAUGGCUAUGACGGUGGCAACUGUCAACCGAGAUGGCGGCAGCAGUUGACCGAGGCGGUGGCAGCAAUUGACAGAGGAGGGUAUCGGAAUCGACUGUGGAAGUCGGCAUCGGUGGAAGAAUUAGAAGUUAUUGACAGAGUUGGAGAUGGAAGUAAACGAAGACCAAUAGAAAAACGCAGAAAUGCAGUUUCAAACAAACUCCACCGUUUGUAUAGAAAACGGAGAAACGUGAACUCCAUCGUUUCCGCCGCGGUUGAAACCGUCUGUCACCGUGAAAACGCAGCUUCUCUCUUUCUCCUCCAUCGAAGAAACAGUCCGCCGCUUCUCUACUUCGCCGCCUUGCCUCCGUCAGUGAAGAGUUGCAUCUCACAACAGGUUAAGAAAGCAUUGGAUUUUCAUGACGACAUUAUAUCAAAGGAAUUUCAGCUUAAUCAAGUUAGUUAUGGAAUCUUGAUUGAUGGGUUAUGUAAAAAAGGAGAAACAAGAUCUGCCCUGCAGUUCCUUAGAAGGAUUGAAGAGUUAAUGGUUAAACAAAACAUGGUAAUGUACAGCACAGUCAUUAAUAGUCUUUGCAAGGAUAAAAUCGUUGACAAAGCAAUUGAAUUAUUAGCGAAGAUCAAAGACCAAGGAAUUCAGCUAGAUAUGUAUACAUAAACUAUACUUUUCAAUGGGCUACCAAGGAAUUCAGCUAGAUAUGUAUACAUACGCUAUACUUGUCAAUGGGCUACGCAAAAAUGGAAGACUUAAGGAUGCACUAGAGGUUUAUCAGGAUCUUUUGAUUAAAGGCUACCAUUUUGAUCUAACAAUGUAUACUGUUUUGAUUAACGGGCUUUGUAAAGAGGGCUUGUUUAAUGAAGCGUUGUCUUUAGUGUCAAAAAUGGAAGAUAACGGUUGCACCCCUAACGCCGUAACUUACAGAACUCUUAUUCAUGCUUUGUCGAAAAACGGCAAUAAUGAGAAGGCAGUGAAACUUCAUCGUGAAAUGAUUGCUAGAGGUCUUUCAUAUGAGUAAAACUAGAAUAUGGAAGGGUAAUUACAAUGUAAAUAAAGUAGUAGAGCAGACACACAUGAAGCAAUUUGUAGAUAAAGCAGACCCUCUACUGUCGAGCAACUAUGGUAGAGCUGUUGGGUCUGGGUGCAAGGAAGUGUAGUUGGAUCUACCAUCCCUGCAAAUCCUUCAGAGGAUCAGGUCCAUAUAUUAGACCUCAUAAACAAUGGUUUGUGUUUAGCAGGCUGCACCUUUAGCUAGUUGCGAGGUAUUCGGUUCAUUUUUGGUCUUGCAACUUUAGGAUUAGAUACAUUUACAAUCCAAUAGAGAAGUUUCCUCUUUAUUUUUUAUGAAUUUGUUUACAUGUAAUAAUUGAAAAUGAAAGUCAUCCCUUUACAAUUGUAUUUGUUACACAUGUUUCUUCUUUUAUUUGUGUAGAAUAGAGACUAGAUGUAACUAUAGAUUCAUUAGCUAUGGCUGUUAUAUGUUUAUGAGACCAAGAGGAUUGAACCAAAAUAUUUCUGACAGUGAAUUAAAUUUCUGCAACUGCAGUGUUCACAAUGUAUAGGAUUUGGAUUUGGGUAUAUUUUUUUGUAGGGACGCGGUACUCAGCUUAAGGAUAUAACGAAUGGUAUGUUUAAUUGUGUUAUGUAAUUGCGGCCAGUAUUUGGAUGUCUGUUACGUUUGGUGCUGCCUUAUGUUAUGAGCAUAGACCAAAAGUGCAUUUUUAUGAGUUCCGCAAGAGGGAGUUUCAUCUGAUAACUUGUUUUUAUUUAGUCAUGCUAUUGUUAAAUUCAAUUUUUUGGUUCAUACCACUUUGGUUCUUGAAACUUAAAACUGAUUUCGAUAAAUCUUUCAGUGUGUUAUGUGUACUGUACUAGUGGCCAUAGAAUAUACUGUAAUCUUUGUAGAUAUAAAAAUUGAUAAUUUAUUAUUAUUAUUAUUAUUAACAUCAUUGUUAUUAUUAUUUAUGUAUAAACUGUUUCAGUGGCUUUAACUUAUGUUUGUGAUGUGGUAUAGUAUGGUGUUGAGUGGAUCUUAAGUGUUGAUUUUCAGGGUGUGUGUUGGGGCUGUGGCGGUGCAAGGCGGCUUGCUAUAGAUGGUUAUGAAGGUGACCUUUUACUACAGAAUUUUUCAAAUAAUGCUAUCUUUAUGGAGCAGCUUGGAUGGUAGCAGAAAAUGUCCAAAUGCUUGGUGGAGUCUUGUUUUUUAUGCUUUUGUUUCAACAUAGUUACUUGACUUGGUUUGUAAUUUAUUUUAGCUUUGUUAUUUAAUUAUAAGCCUUUAUUUUUGAGUCAUUAUUGGAUGUUUUGUCAUGUAAACAGUUUUUUAAUAAGGUUGGUUUAUAAUUUGAG